CCUGCUCACAUCGUCCGUCCACCGUUUACUCAAGAUUUCCAACUCGCUCAUUACUUGUGUUCCAGCAUGGCAGCCAAUUCUGUUCUCACUAUCCCUCGUGAGAAGCGCUACAUUGCUAUUGCUGAGAUCACCAUAUUCUCGGUCAUUCAAGUCGUCCAGUUCCUCAUGAAAUUCACGCAGGAAUGGCGGUACUGGCAUCAUGACAAACGCAAGGGCUAUGCCCGUUGUUUCCUGUAUUCCUGGUGUGGCAUGCUAGGCAUCCUGGCACAGCUGCGGAUUGCCGGGUCAGCGAUAGUUAUUGCCAACUCCAGACCAGGCCAGUCGUUGCUGAUCGCAGAAACCGUUCUACAAAGCGUUGGCCUUUCGCCACUUCUGUUUGAGGUGAGCCUCGUGCUUCUGAGAAGCGGGCAGUCUGGUCGAACCGGUCCUGGAAAUUCCCGAUAUCCCAAGCACAUUCGUUUCCUGCUCCACUUCUUUCGCUUCCCGGUCUUCAUAUCUAUACUCCUGGUGGUAGUCGGCGGGUGUAUUGAUAUUCGGGCCUGCGUGGACGCAGGAGCAGCCGUCUUUGUCGCCACCUUUGUUUUUGUGAUUGGACUCGUCGGCUGGCUAGCAUCGAGGUAUCGUGCUGUUCUCCCGACUGCCGGAUACCAUAGUGUCCUGAUAGUGGUGAUGACCCUUCCGUUCUUGGCAGUCCGGGUCGCUUACUUUCUGCUGGGCCAGUAUGGCUCGCAGAAGUUCAGCCCUGUCACGGGCAGCGGGGGUAUUAUGGUUGGAAUGAGCCUGGUCAUGGAGAUAUUCAUUGUCAUCAUCUUAUUGCUGGCUCGUGCGGUGGCGGAACCAUUUUUGUCAGUGGGCAUUGAAACCGACCAGUAG